CUCAUAUUCUAAACUGUAGUUUCUUUAUUAUUUUUUUUUUUUGGAAUAGCUCGUUUAGUUUUUUCAAGAUUCUACAAUAAUGAACCUGUAUUUCUUGAUUGUAUAUGUAUGAGCAUUGAAUGUACGAGGUAGUUUGGUAAAAUGUUCCCGCGGAAAUUAUCUAAUAUAGUCGAGGAUGGAUCUGAUUGAUGUGAUGUUGUAAUUACCCCAGUAAAGUUCAUUUGAAACUUAUGGAAACUGGGCUUGGUUUAUAUUGGUUGCCAACUUGGGAAGAAUUGGGAAGGCCAUUUACUACCAGCUAGUAUAUCAUGGUUUUUAUGUCGACUAAGAUUCAUUAUUCAGUUAUUAGUUGGUGAUGAACGAUCACACUCGUAAAGGGCAUGGAUUUUACUUGAGGUCUUUACAAGGGUGGUCUGCAAUCAUGAAUCACAUUGUGGAUUACUGGAUGCAUCUUGUACUUGUACUGAAUUUUUUUAAAACCCGUGUGAUUAUAUUGGGUUGGAGCUAUAAAGUUCCCAUCUUUUUAUGUUUCAUUAUCUCUGAUAGCAAGUCUCACUUGAUACGGUUUCAAAAUUCUCGGAAAUAUGAAGUAGAGUAAUUUAUCACAAGUUGCAUUUCGUUCUUAGUUUCUCAGUAAUCGCUUUGGGAUAUGAGAUUUGUGCUUUUGGGUAAUUGCUUGGUGGCUGAGCAGAUGCAUCCGUGGGAUACUGAAGUCUGGAAUAAACUUCUGACUGCUAAACUUCCAAUUUCAUCAACUUGAACUUUGAUCCUUUUUUUAAGAAAUUUCUAGUUUUGUUUUUCCCCCUUUCUCCUUAGAACCUCAAAUUUAGUUCUCAAUUUGGUCUGGUAGCUUGCACUAUUUUGUUUUGAUUGUUUACAGUCACUUAUAUGACAACUUCUCGACUUUAUUGAUUGCAAUGUGAUUGCUUUGGAAUAAAUGUCUCUUUCAUCAACCAUGCACUGAGCAAUUGGAUAUUUGCUUUUGUCUUCACUUGAUUUCAUCAGUUUCUAGGUGGCACCGGGAUUGCUAUUUGCAUGUGCCCUUAAAUAAAGAAACAGGAAAAGAAACAAACAACCACACUGCUUUGGGAUCCACUGUAAUAAUGUCCUCAGAAGAAGCACAGAUUGCUGAAUCUGUUGAAACACUGGAGAAAGAUGCCACAACACCAGAGAAACAGUUAGUUGACAUAAACAAUGGUAGGGAGGGAGAACUUGUGAUAGCGAAUGGAUCACACAUUAGGGAUCAAGAGAUUGGUGACAGUCAUGACAAACUUGUGCAAAUGGUUGUGGAGCUCAAUUUCCAGAAUGAGUACUUGAAGUCCCAGUUGAUGGGACUGAAGAAUCUCCGCUUGGAUUCUAAUGGGAUCACUCCUCAUAAAGAAACUGUGGUGGCUCAAGAAAAAAGUGAUGGUGUGAAAGAGCUUGAAGAACAGAUAGAAUCCUUGAGGAGAGAACUUUUGGAAGAAAGACAAACACGAGAUGCUGCAGAGGAAGCCCUCAAGCACCUUCGAGCAGUAUAUUCUGAGGCUGAUGCAAAGGCCCAAGAGCUUGCUGCUCAACUGGCUGAAGCUCAACAGAAGAUGGAUCAAGAAAUUAAACAACGUGAUGAAAGAUACUCAGAACUUGAUUCCAAAUUGAACAGGCUGCAUAAACGAGCAAAGCAGCGGAUUCAAGAGGUUCAGAAGGAAAAAGAUGAUCUUGAGGCCCAAUUUCGUGAUGCCAAUGAGAAGGCUGAACAGUCAUCAUCCCAAUUAUCAGCAGUACAGCAAGAACUUGAGCGCACGCGCCAGCAAGCAAAUGAAGCGCUUAAAGCAAUUGAUGUUGAGAGGCAGCAAUUACGAAGUGCAAACAAUAAGCUUCGAGACAACAUUGAAGAAUUACGUCAUUCAUUGGAGCCCAAAGAGAAUGUUCUUGAGGCAAUGCAGCAAUCGCUUCUGGAAAAAGAGCAGAUGUUGGAAAACAUGCGAGGAUCAUUACAGGCAGCUGAAGAGAAAAGGCUAGCUGCGAUGGCUGAACUCUCUUCAAAGCACCAGAUGCAAAUAGAGAGUUUGGAAGCUCAGAUAGCAGAUGCAUUAGCUGAAAGAAGUAAAGCUACCGAAACAAUCUCAUCUUUGAGGGCUUUGGUUGCUGAGAAAGAGUCUAAGAUUGCAGAGAUGGAUGCAGCUUCAAGUGGUGAAGCAGCACGACUCAAAGCUGCUGUUGAAACUGUCAAAGGGGAGCUUAUACACCUGAAAAGUGAGCAUGAAAAGGAAAAGGAGAGUUUGGAAAUGGUCUCUCAGUCACUCAGGAUGAAGCUGGAGACUUCUGAGAGCAACUAUAUACGUGCAGAAGUUGAACUUGCCAAGAUGAGAAGUCAAUUGGAAUCAGAGUUGUCUGUGCAGGCUCAGCUCAUAAACCAAAAGGAUUCUGAACUUUUGGCAGCAAAAGAGGAGAUCAGCCGGCUAGAGAGUGAAUUUUCCUCUUAUAAGGUCCGGGCACAUGCACUUCUUCAGAGGAAAGAUUCUGAGCUAGCAGCUGCAAGGGAAAAUGAACAGUUGAAAGCCCUUGAGGAGGCUUAUAAAGAGGCUGAAAAAGAAAUAUUGCUUUUAUCUGCUGAGAGGGACAAAGCCCUCCAGGAUCUGCAAAAUGCUUUGGCUAGUCAUGCCAAGGACCUUUCUGCAAGAGAUGAAGCACUUAGCAUUGCGGAGCAACAGGUUAAGAGCAUGGAGAUCAAGCUAAGCUCUGCUCUUUCUAGCCACCGGUCAGAAAGGGAGGCAUGGGAAGUAAACCUUCAAAAUGUGGAAGAAACAUGGCGAUUGAGGUGUGAAGUGCUGAAGGCUGAAAAUGAGGUGUCCUCUGGUCAAACUCUCCAAAAGGAACUUCAGGACAUUAAAUUACAAAAUAAGAAGUUGAAGGAUGACUAUCAUUCUUUUCGUGAACUUGCUGAUAGAAUGAUGGAGGAGAAGGACAAAGAGAUUUCAAGACUUCUAGAUGAUAACAAGAGCCUUCGUCAGUUGUUAGAUUCAAGGCCAUCGGCUGAUCGCGUAGAUAUUGAUGAUUCAGGUCCUGGUAAAAACGAUGCCCCAAAUUCAAGUACCUCUGCAGCAGAACAGCAAAUCCUAAUUUUGGCUAGACAACAAGCUCAAAGGGAAGAGGAACUUGCCCAAUCACAACGGCACAUUUUUGCACUUCAAGAAGAAAUUGAAGAGCUUGAACGUGAAAAUCGUCUCCACAGCCAGCAGGUAGCCAUGUUGAAGGAAGAACUAAGGAACAUGGAUAGAAAGCAGAAGCGGGAAGGGGUGGACUUGACAUAUCUCAAAAAUGUUAUUCUGAAACUUCUUGAGACAGGUGAAGUGGAAGCUCUGCUGCCAGUAGUUGCAAUGCUUCUCCAGUUUAGCCCAGAUGAGGUGCAGAAGUGUCAAAAUGCUUACCGCUCUUCAACUGCUGCUCCACCUAGCCCAGCAAGUGAUGGCGUAGGAUCUGGAUUGUCUCUCUUCUCUAGAUUCUCAUUUUCUUGACACCAGGAAUGAUGGCUGAAAUUUUUGUUAUGCCUUUUUAUUUUCAAACAAAACGCCUUUUUUGUCAGAGCUGCAGAGUUAUUGGGAUUUUCCUCCUGUACCCAAAGGGAGUAAUCCCAUUAGUACAAAUCUUGUAGCAUCAUUCUUCUUCCUGUGAUGGUGGAAGUCUACUUCCUCCUUCACGGGACAGUACCGAUAUAUGUAAGAUAGAUUUUGGAGUGUGAGAAUGUUUUAGGAAUACAUCAGAAACCAAGAGGCAGCAGAUGGACCCUUGACCUUGAGGGCUUUAUCAUGAUGAAGUGAUUUCCUGUACAGUCCAAACUUUGUAAAGUACGUUGAUUGUUUUUGCAAGUUAAUGGUACCAUCUUGAAUCCGCUUUUACUUUCAUCA